GCAAAGGAAAUUUACAGGGAGUCAUCCCUGUGGCUGGUCUUGGCCGACAGCAUCCAUGCCCCUGAAAACAAUGCAUCGUCUUUUAAGGCCCCAAGAACCAUUGGUAGCCGCGUCUGCCGUUCUCCCGUCUGCAAAGAUCACGUAUCAGCAAGUCCCCGACGCACUGAGGAUCACCCGGGGUGCAAGGAAGGAGGAUCUGCCAGGGGAGAUCCGCUGGCGCAACCAGGCGCGCUUCAUGGUUGGCUAUUUCAGCUCGGUCCUCAGAGCGAGAUGGGGCGGAGCUGAAUGAGCCGUGCUGGCGGCGACACGAUCAGAAGAGGCGUAUUACGCGCCAGCGCCACUUUUGCUUUUGUUGCGGGUCCUUGGACUCUAAUGAUGCUUGAAUGAACGGACUGUUGCACGCAUUUUUCCUCCCUCGCGUCAUUCCAGUUUCGAAAGAGGCGGCGGCUGCGGUGCUGCUAGGCAGGUAGAGCUAAGCGGCUGGGGAACCCGGAAAGACCAGGCGGUCUGAGAUUGCACCAGAGAGCUUAGCUAGUAGGCAUCAAGUCAUGAGCCGCACGUGUGGGAUCUAAAGCCUGUUCUUUAUGUCAUCGCUCCCCAUUGCUCCCAUUGAAAAAGCAUGCUCUGCGCUCAGCCCGGCUUUCUCCAGGAAUUGAUGCACUUACAAUUGGCGAGUCAUUAUGCUGCUCCACCUGUGUAGUGUUAAGAAUCUGUACCAGAACAGGAUAUUAGGCCUGGCUGCUAUGGCAUCCCCAUCCAGGAAUUCGCAGAACCGGCGUCGGUGUAAAGAAUCUCUGAGAUACAGCUAUAACCCAGACCAAUUCCACAACAUGGACAUUGGAAGUGGGCUCCGUGGGACAGUCACUAUUCCACGCUCGACCAGUGACACAGAUUUGGUCACUUCAGACAGCCGGUCUACACUCAUGGUCAGCAGUUCCUAUUAUUCCAUAGGACAUUCACAAGAUCUAGUGAUUUAUUGGGAUAUAAAGGAAGAAGUAGAUGCAGGUGAUUGGAUUGGCAUGUAUCUCAUUGAUGAGGUUCUAUCAGAAAACUUCUUGGACUACAAAAAUCGUGGAGUAAAUGGUUCUCACAAAGGCCAGAUUAUCUGGAAAAUUGAUGCCAGUUCUUGCUUUGCAGAAUCUGAAACAAAGAUCUGCUUCAAAUAUUAUCAUGGAGCGAGUGGGGCACUGCGGGCAACAACUCCCAGUGUGACAGUGAAGAAUAAUGCAGUUCCUGUUUUUAAAAAUAUCAACAGUGAAGAUUCAGGCCAGGGGCAUGGAAGCAGAAGGCUGAUUAGUUUCUCCCUUUCAGAUUUCCAAGCUUUUGGUUUGAAGAAAGGAAUGUUCUUCAAUCCAGAUCCUUACCUUAAAAUUUCAAUCCAGCCUGGAAAGCAUAGCAUCUUCCCAGCUCUUCCACACCAUGGACAGGAAAAAAGAUCCAAGAUUAUGUGUAACACUGUCAAUCCCAUCUGGCAAGGAGAGCUGUUCAGCUUUGUUUCUCUGCCCACCGAUGUCCUAGAAAUAGAGGUGAAGGACAAGUUUGCAAAAAGUCGACCUAUCAUUAAACGUUUUCUGGGAAAGCUUUCCAUGCCAGUACAACGGUUACUAGAAAGACAUGCCAUAGGAGACAGGGUUGUUAGCUACACACUGGGACGAAGGCUACCAACAGAACAUGUCAGUGGCCAGCUGCAGUUUAGAUUUGAGAUAACUUCUUCAAUCCACCCAGCAGAUGAUGAAGAGGUCUCUACUGCUAUAGACCAUGAAUCAAUUGAACUUCAAGAAAGCCCCAUUAACACCUCAGCAGGCAACAGUACAGAGACCUCAGAAAAUGCAGCUUCAGAAAAGCUAAAUGAAUGUCCACUAGUAUGCAUCAGUGUGGGCAACUCUACCUUGAACUGCUCCUUCAAAGAAGAGCUAGCAGGAAAUAGAGAGAAUGAUGCUGUACCAGCAGACACAGUUAAUCUCUCAGAAUCUAUUCCAACUGAAAUAACGCCUUCCCCAAGUGCUGUGGAUCUCAGCGAACAACGACCUUUGCUGGCAAGCACUCAUCCGGAGUCUGAAGUUAGAGAAAACAACAAAGUUAAUUCUGUUACUCAGGGGGAUAGUGACAUCUUUAUCAGCAUAGAAGCCUUAUCUAUUGAUGAGGUGAGUGGAGAUGUUCCCAUUACCAAGGAUUUAGAGAAGAAUCAGGAUGAUGAAGGGGCUUCAGCCCAAGAGGAUCAAGAUGAGAAUGAUGAUGAAAAGGAGAGCAAGCUACAAUUAAGGACCACAGUGAAAAGAAAAAACAGGCCUUGUUCCUUGCCUGUGUCAGAACUUGAAACAGUGAUUGCAUCUGCUUGUGGGGAGCCUGAGACUCCUCGUACACACUACAUAAGAAUACACAAUCUCUUGCACAGUUUGCCUUCUGCCCAGUUGAGUAGUGAUGAUGGAGAAGGGGAGGAGGAACAACAAGGCAGUGUAAUAGAGAAUGACGAGGAACUGACAGUGAGGGAAGUAUCUGAGAAAGAUUUAGUUAGUGAGACUGAAACAGUGUUGGCUGAACCUCCUCAGGAAAACUCAGUAGAAGAGAACUUGGUCCGGGGAACUGUUCUGCGCAGCACCUCCACUGAAUGCCUUGCUGAUUUAAAUGAACAAACAUUGGAUAAUGAAGGGGCAAGAACUGAAAGUGACAGUGAACUGAGUCCUAGACCAAAUGGUGACCAUGAGUAUGAAAUGUGUGACACAUCUUGUUAUAGUACUUCUUGUUAUAGCACUUCCUGCUACAGUACCUCCUGUUACAGCACUUCCUGUUACAGCACUUCUGGCCAUGAGAGUGCCAACCGAUUCUCAAGCCAUACUAGGUUCUCUUCUGUUGACAGUGCAAAGAUUUCUGAGAGCACAGUUUUUUCUUCACAGGAUGAUGAAGAGGAAGAAAAUAGUGCUUUUGAAUCAAUGCCAGAUUCAGGUCAAAGCCCUGAGUUGGACAGGGAACAGCUGGAUAGCUCUGCCCAUUGGCCUGAGGAAUUGGUAGUUCCCACAACAAAUCUACAGGGAACUGCAGAAACUAUAGACUCUCCAGUAGCAGGCCCAAGCAUCAGAAGAGAAGGUGAUUGCCCUUUGCUCCAUAAUUCUCAGCCAAUCAACCAGCUUCCUGCACUGAGACCUGAUCACCAUCAGUACCCAACUGUUGAUGAGCCUCUUCCACCAAACUGGGAAGCUCGGAUAGACAGUCAUGGACGAGUAUUUUAUGUGGAUCAUGUAAAUCGAACCACAACUUGGCAACGGCCUACAGCUGCAGCUACUCCUGACGGAAUACGCAGAUCUGGAUCAAUUCAACAAAUGGAGCAACUCAAUCGGCGAUAUCAGAAUAUACAGCGAACUAUUGCUACAGACAGAACAGAAGAGGACACUGUUGUCAGCAGUCAUGUGGAAAGACUCCCAGGUCCUGGAGGAGGCAGUGAUUCCGAAGCAUACCCUUCCCAGGCAAAUACAGAAAUUAGAAGAGAAAUAUCUGUUUCACCUGUGAAUUCUCAAAAAAUCACUUUAUUGCUGCAGUCACCAGCUGUAAAGUUCAUUACCAAUCCUGAAUUUUUCACAGUGCUGCAUUCAAAUUAUAGUGCCUAUCGAGUUUUCACCAAUAGCACCUGCUUGAAACAUAUGAUUCUGAAAAUCCGCAGAGAUGCUCGGAAUUUUGAGAGGUAUCAGCAUAAUAGGGACCUAGUAAAUUUCAUCAACAUAUUCGCUGAUACACAGUUGGAACUCCCACGAGGCUGGGAAAUCAAAACCGAUCAACAAGGCAAGUCUUUCUUUGUUGACCACAACAGUCGUGCUACCACUUUCAUUGACCCCAGAAUUCCACUUCAGAAUGGCCGUCUACCCAAUCACUUGACCCACAGACAGCAUCUUCAGAGACUCCGUAGUUAUAGUGCUGGAGAGGCAUCAGAAGUCUCUCGAAACAGAGGGAUUUCUUUGUUGACCAGACCAGCCAACAGCCUAGUAGCAGCAAUUCGAAAUCAGCACCAUCAUGAAUCCUUGCCUCUUGAACAGCAGAUUAUGGAUGAACUAAAGAAUAAGCCCAAAACAUACAAUGACAAAAUAGUCGCAUUUCUACGCCAGCCUAAUAUUUUUGAAAUGCUGCAGGAGCGUCAGCCAAGUUUGGCUAGAAACCAUACACUCAGGGAGAAGAUUCAUUAUAUUCGAACAGAGGGUACACAUGGACUUGAAAAAUUGUCUUGUGAUGCAGAUUUAGUAAUACUUCUGAGUCUUUUUGAAGAAGACAUUAUGUCCUACAUUCCUCUUCAAUCAGCCUUCCAUCCUGGCUACAGCUUUUCCCCCCGUUGUUCACCCUGUUCAUCACCUCAGAAUUCUCCAGGCUUGCAGCGGGCCAGUGCAAGAGCACCUUCUCCUUACAGAAGGGACUUUGAAGCCAAGCUUCGCAACUUUUAUCGAAAGCUUGAAGCAAAAGGAUAUGGGCAGGGUCCAGGUAAAAUUAAAUUAAUAAUAAGGCGUGACCAUUUGCUGGAAGGCACUUUUAAUCAGGUGAUGGCUUACUCACGGAAGGAGCUCCAAAGAAAUAAACUCUAUGUUACAUUUGUUGGGGAAGAAGGGUUGGAUUACAGUGGCCCAUCCCGAGAAUUCUUCUUCCUCCUUUCUCAGGAGCUCUUCAAUCCUUAUUAUGGCCUGUUUGAGUAUUCGGCCAAUGAUACUUACACUGUACAGAUCAGCCCCAUGUCAGCAUUUGUAGAAAAUCAUCUGGAAUGGUUCCGAUUUAGUGGUCGUAUCCUUGGUCUUGCUCUUAUUCAUCAGUACCUACUUGAUGCUUUCUUCACAAGGCCCUUCUACAAAGCAUUGUUAAGGCUGCCAUGUGACCUUAGUGAUAUGGAAUAUCUGGAUGAAGAAUUCCACCAAAGUUUACAAUGGAUGAAAGACAACAUCAUUACUGAUAUUCUGGAUCUCACUUUCACAGUGAAUGAGGAAGUGUUUGGGCAGGUAACAGAAAGAGAGUUGAAAUCUGGAGGUGCAAAUACACAAGUGACUGAAAAGAACAAGAAGGAGUAUAUUGAAAGAAUGGUUAAGUGGCGAGUAGAAAGAGGGGUUGUUCAGCAAACCGAGGCACUAGUUCGUGGCUUCUACGAAGUCGUAGACUCAAGACUUGUUUCAGUUUUUGAUGCUAGAGAGCUAGAAUUGGUAAUCGCUGGCACAGCUGAAAUCGAUCUUAAUGAUUGGCGCAAUAACACAGAAUAUCGGGGUGGUUACCAUGAUGGCCAUAUAGUAAUACGAUGGUUCUGGGCCGCAGUAGAAAGGUUCAACAAUGAGCAAAGACUACGGCUGCUGCAGUUUGUUACUGGAACAUCUAGUGUCCCUUAUGAAGGCUUUGCAGCCCUUCGAGGGAGCAAUGGACUACGGCGUUUCUGUAUAGAGAAAUGGGGUAAAAUAACAUCACUCCCCAGGGCCCAUACUUGUUUCAAUCGCCUGGAUCUUCCACCCUAUCCAUCAUAUUCUAUGCUCUGUGAAAAGCUGUUGACAGCUGUUGAAGAAACUAGUACCUUUGGACUUGAAUGAAAAAAAGGAGGGUUGAAUUUUUUCCCUGUCAAUGGCAUCUUUCCCUCCUGCUACCAUAUGAAUUUGACUUUCAGUAUUUUGUUUCUAAUGGAAAAGACAGGAGAAAUAAAAGCUGUGCAUGAAGAACAGCUUUCCUUUAAGAAUUAACUAUCAUGCUUUUCAUCUUUAAUUCCCAAUGGACAAUUACCCUGUAUGCAAUAUGAAACCAAGGUCUCCAUGUAUCUACACAUACCUCCAUUAGUAAUAAUGAAAAUAUGAAUGCAAAUUAUUCUACACUUGACCAAAUGUUAAUGUUUACUUCUAUCUAUGUUAAUUAAAAAAGAAUAUUCACCAAGCA